AUGUUCGAGGACGUGAUCACUGCGCCUGCAUCAGCAGAUGGGAAGAUCAAGGCCAAGAAACUCGCCAACCAGACCGCGCCGAAGGAGGGUAAGCUCUGCGAUCUUUGGUCGGCGUUCAAAGAGCUCACCAAGCUGUACAUGGCUCACCACUCUAUCGCCAAGUGGCAAAGGCACUGCCACGGGCGUUGCUUGGAGACGUUUCAGGACGGUGACCUUGUCAUCGAGACCGACUUUGCCGAGAAGUACACCCACCAAUCCUUCAUCUACAUGAUGAUGCCGGUUUACCCGCAGACAACGCUCAUGGUGGCCAUCGUGCACUUCAACCCGCAGACGCACGUGGGGGGUGGCAGGGUGCACGUGACGGAAACAUGGAUCGUUGCAUCUGAAGACAUGGCGCAUAACUGCGAUUUCCACCUGCACGGCUUGGCCAGGAUGGCGGACUACUACCUGCGAUGGGAGCGUAGCAACAGCUGCCGCCCGGAAAGAAGGCCGGACGCCCGGGAUUCACAUGUUCACGGAUGGAUGCGGGAAGCAGUAUAAGGGAAGGCGGAAUUUCCGCUUCUUGGCCGACAGCGUGCGGCAAAUCGGCUUCUUCAUCAACCACCACUUCGCGGCCGCAUCUCACUUCAAAGGUUACCAUGAUGGGGUCGGCGGAGUGGGAAAGAACGCC